ACCAAAUCAGCCAGCCACCAUGCAGCGCCUCAACCGCAUCCAAGGCCACCUCCAGACGCCAUCGCCGACCGAAGUCGUCGUCGUCGCGGCCACGCGCACGCCCAUCGCCAAGGCCAAGCGCGGCGCCUUCAAGGACACGACGCCGGACGUCUUGCUGCGCCAGGUGUUUGAAGGCGUCUUGAAGCAGACCAAGGUAGACCCCAAGAUCAUUGGCGACAUCGUCGUCGGCAACGUGCUCCAGCCCGGCUCGGCGGCCGUCGGCGCCCGCAUGGGCCAGCUCUGCGCAGGCAUCCCGUACACUGUCCCGCUCAACUCGGUGAACCGCCAAUGCUCGUCGGGCCUGCAAGCCUUUGCCAACGUCGCGGCAGCGAUCCAAGCGGGCUUCUACGACGUCGGGCUCGCUGCGGGCGUCGAGUCCAUGUCGCUGACGGACAUGGGCGGCAGUGCCCCGGACGUUGCUUGGGAGGACGUGUACGCGAACGAAGGGGCGAAGAGCUGCACUGUCUCGAUGGGCCUCACGAGCGAGAACGUGGCUGCCAAGUAUGGCAUCACGCGGACGCAGCAGGACACGUUGGCGGCAGCGUCGCAUGCCAAGGCAGCCGCGGCGCAAGCUGCGGGCCGCUUUGACGCCGAGAUUACGCCCGUCGUGCUCAAGACGGACGAUGGCAAGGAAGUUGUCAUCUCCAAGGACGAAGGCGUUCGCGCCGGCACGACCGUGGAAGGUCUCGCCAAGCUCCGCACGUCCUUCAAGGAGAACGGGACGACGACGGCUGGCAACUCGAGCCAAGUCAGCGACGGCGCGGCGGCCGUUCUUGUCAUGACGCGUGCGAUGGCCGAGAAGCUCCAGCUGCCGAUCCUUGGCACGUUUGUCUCGUACGCGGUGUCGGGCGUGCCGCCAGAGAUUAUGGGCGUCGGCCCGGCGUAUGCGAUCCCUGCAGCGCUCGCCAAGGCCGGUCUCCGCAUCGAAGACAUUGAUGUCUUUGAGAUCAACGAAGCCUUUGCCAGCCAAGCGUUGUACUGUAUCAACGAGCUCAAGAUUCCCAUGGAGAAGGUCAACCCGAACGGCGGCGCCAUUGCGCUUGGCCAUCCCCUCGGCUGCACGGGCGCCCGGCAGAUUGCGACGCUCCUCCACGAGCUCCAGCGCACGCAAAAGACGUACGGAGUCAUCUCCAUGUGCAUUGGCACGGGCAUGGGCGCCGCCGCCGUCUUUAAGCGCGCAUAA